AAUUGAAGCAAGAGAAACUGAGGCAAGACCAAAGGAAGGACUUCCCAGCCUGGAAGGUGGUGGGCCCCAGAAUGGAAGGCCAUGCACGGCCUACCAUGGGCUCCGUGGGCAGCCAGCGCCUCAAGGAGCCCAUCACGGCGGGCACGCCGGACAGCAGCAUGGUGAUGAGCUUCAGCUUCGACGGCUGUCGGCUCGAGGAGGAAGCGGCGGGGACGGCUCAGGGCCAGGGCGGCGCAACCAGGGGAGUUCCAGGUUUCACGGACUCUGCGGUCGAGGAGCCAGUGACUGAUGACCGCUACCACGCCAUCUACUUCGCGAUGCUGCUGGCCGGUGUGGGCUUCCUGCUGCCAUACAACAGCUUCAUCACCGACGUGGACUAUCUGCACCACAAGUACCCAGGGACCUCCAUCGUGUUCGACAUGAGCCUCACCUACAUCCUCGUGGCGCUGGUGGCCGUGCUCCUGAACAACGCGCUGGUGGAGAGACUGAGCCUGCACACGAGGAUCACCGCGGGCUACCUCUUGGCCUUGGGCCCCCUCCUCUUUAUCAGCAUCUGUGACGUCUGGCUACAGCUCUUCUCUCGUGACCAGGCUUACGCCAUCAACCUGGCCGCUGUAGGCACCGUGGCCUUAGGCUGCACAGUGCAGCAAUCCAGCUUCUAUGGGUACACGGGGAUGCUGCCCAAGAGAUACACCCAGGGCGUGAUGACCGGGGAGAGCACGGCGGGCGUGAUGGUGUCCCUGAGCCGCAUCCUCACCAAGCUGCUGCUGCCGGACGAGCGGGCCAGCACGCUCAUCUUCUUCCUGGUGUCCGCGGGCCUGGAGCUGCUCUGCUUCCUGCUGCACCUGCUGGUGCGCCGCAGCCGUUUCGUGCUCUCGCACACCACGCGGCCCCGCGACAACCGUCCGGGCUGCAGAGCCGGCUACCGUGUGCACCACGACGUCGCCGCGGGCGACAUCCACUUUGAGCACCAAGGCCCAGGCCUGGCCGACGGCGGGUCCCCGAAGGACAGCCCGGCCCACGAGGUGACCGGCGGUGGGGGCGCCUACACGCGCUUUGAUGUGCCUCAGCCGAGAGUGACGCGGAGCUGGCCCUCCUUCAGAGCCCUGUUGCUGCACCGCUAUGCCGUGGCCCGCGCCAUCUGGGCCGACAUGCUCUCCAUCGCCGUGACCUACUUCAUCACACUGUGCCUGUUCCCGGGUCUCGAGUCCGAGGUCCGCCACUGCGUCCUGGGCGAGUGGCUGCCCAUCCUCAUCAUGGCCGUGUUCAACCUCUCCGACUUCGUGGGCAAGAUCCUGGCGGCUCUCCCCAUGGACUGGCGGGGCACCCACCUGCUGGCCUGCUCCUGCCUGCGGGUGGUCUUCAUCCCCCUCUUCAUCCUGUGCGUCUACCCCAGUGGCACGCCCGCCCUGCGCCACCCGGCCUGGCCCUGCGUCUUCUCUCUGCUCAUGGGCAUCAGCAACGGCUACUUCGGCAGCGUGCCCAUGAUCCUGGCGGCGGGCAAAGUGAGCCCCAAGCAACGCGAGCUGGCAGGGAACACCAUGACCGUGUCCUACAUGACGGGGCUGACGCUGGGCUCCGCCGUGGCCUACUGCACCUACAGCCUCACCCGGGACGCCCCCAGCAGCUGUUUCCACACCUCCACCAACUCCUCCUUCCCCGCUGGCCUCUGAACCAGGCCCGGGCACCCCCCUGCCCCCCGAGGCCCGAGGCCCCCCCCCGCCCCUGCCUGCAGUGCCUGUGGGGCCCCGGCCGCCUCCUCGUGCCAGUCACGCCUCCUGUCACUCUGGCCCCAGGGUUCUGCUGAGCCGUCGGCCACCCGGGGCCGCCCAGCACUGUGCUCCCCGUUCUGUCCCGUGCCUGCCCUUCACCCCCUGUGUGCGGUGGCCCCCAGGGUCACAGCCCUCCCCGGCCAGGAGAGGACCACCCCCAUCCGUGGCCCCCGACCCCAGCCCUCCUCCACCAGGGAGCCCUCCUCCACCAGGGAGCCCUCCUCCACCAGGGAGCCCUCCUCACGGACAUAAGAGGUCCUCAAGGAGCGAGCCUCUCCCCUCCCCAGGUUCUUAAACACUGAUUCUCCCAAACAAAUGCACUUGCCACGAAGGAACCGUAGCCCGGGGUCUGAAUGGCCUCAGACCGUGGUCUACGACCAUAGCUUCGGCGCCGGCCUGGGUGCCCCCACCCCACACCGAGACCCCCCCAAGUACCCAGGCACCCACCUGACACCACAGGCCUGGGGGUCUGCACCUGCCUGGGGACCCCUGUCCACGUCUCUGGCUCCUCCAUCUGCCUGUGGUACCACAAGGGGACACACCCUAGCUGAAGUCACCGCUUGACUGAGACCUUGAUCCUCAUCCAUUGAGGCCCAAGGAGGGACGUGAGUCCCUGCGAGGAGGGAGGGGUGCAGGGUCCCUCCCCAGCCGGGACCCUCGAACUGAGGGGGUUCUGCAGCAUCUUGCCAAAGACAGGCGUUUCCAGGGGAAGGACAGCCUGCCCUCCCACACCCAUGGCACACCUGUAACCACCCCACCCCUCCGUGUCCUGUCCCCCCCCCCCGUCUGUCCACUAAUUGUACCG